GCAGGCGAGCGAGCGCCAUGGCCGCUUCGAUACAGCCCCAGGUCGGGGAGCUGCUGGCCGAGGCCCGGCGGGCCUUCCGGGAGGAGUUCGGCGCCGAGCCCGAGCUGGCCGUGUCGGCGCCGGGCCGCGUCAACCUCAUCGGGGAGCACACGGAUUACAACCAGGGCCUGGUGCUGCCCAUGGCUUUGGAGCUCCUGACCAUUCUGGUGGGCAGCCCCCGAGAGGACGGCCUGGUCUCUCUUCUCACCACCUCUGCGGACGCUGACGAGCCCCAGCGACUACAGUUUCCACUGCCCACAGCCCAGCGGUCACUGGAGCCUGGGACCCCCCGAUGGGCCAACUAUGUGAAGGGGGUGAUUCAGCACUACCCAGCGGCCCCCCUCCCUGGCUUCAGUGCAGUGGUGGUCAGCUCAGUGCCCCUGGGGGGUGGGCUAUCCAGCUCAGCGUCCCUGGAAGUGGCCACCUACACAUUCCUCCAGCAGCUCUGCCCAGAUGCGGGGGCUGUAGUGGCCCGGGCCCGGGUGUGCCAGCAGGCCGAGCACAGCUUUGCAGGGGUGCCCUGUGGCAUCAUGGACCAGCUUGUUGCACUGCUGGGGCAGAAGGGCCACGCACUGCUCAUCGACUGCAGGUCCCUGGAGACAAGCCUGGUGCCACUGUCAGACCCCAAGGUGGCUGUGCUCAUCACCAACUCCAAUAUCCGCCACUCCCUGGGCUCCAGCGAGUACCCGCUGCGGCGGCGCCAGUGUGAAGAAGUGGCCCGGGCACUGGGCAAGGAGAGCCUUCGGGAGGUGCAGCUGGAGGAGCUCGAGGCUGGCAGAGAACUAGUGAGCAAAGAGGGCUUCCGGAGGGCGCGGCACGUCGUGGGUGAGAUCCAGCGCACGGCCCAGGCAGCGGCCGCCCUGAGCCGUGGGGACUACAGAGCCUUUGGCCGCCUCAUGGUGGAGAGUCACCACUCACUCAGGGACGACUACGAGGUGAGCUGCCCCGAACUGGACCAACUGGUAGAGGCCGCACUCUCUGUGCCCGGGGUUUAUGGCAGUCGCAUGACGGGUGGUGGCUUUGGUGGCUGCACAGUGACACUGCUGGAGGCCUCAGCUGCAUCCCGUGCCAUGCAGCACAUACGGGGACACUACAGUGGGACCGCCACCUUCUACCUGUCGCAGCCGGCCGACGGAGCCAAGGUGCUGCACUUAUGAGGUGCCCUGGGACAGCAUGUGGUGGGCGUGGGGCCUGUAGGCCACAUACCGCUCUGCCCUCGGCACCUGCCUUCUGCAUCUGGGUGCUCAAUAAACUGGUGCCUCGACCGUG